GUCGAGCUGAGCCACGAUUCGUUAGUUUCGUGUGUUUCAUACCAGGCUUGUUCCACUCCACUCAUUCACUACUCCGGUGUCUUCGGUACAGUGGCAUUGCCACGAGUUAUUACCAAAAAUAUCGACACUGACACUAUUUUUACAGUGAACAAAUCGCUGUACCAUUGGGACACUGGAUUUACCGAAGGGGAAUUAAUAACGGAGUCACCAUGGGAAUCAAAUUUCUUGAGGUGAUAAAACCAUUCUGCAGCAUUUUGCCUGAAAUUGCGAAGCCACAGAGAAAGAUUCAAUUCAGGGAGAAGGUGCUAUGGACAGCAAUAACACUAUUUAUUUUCCUCGUGUGCUGCCAGAUUCCACUUUUUGGGAUUAUGUCGUCGGACAGUGCUGAUCCCUUCUACUGGAUUCGUGUUAUUCUGGCUUCCAACAGGGGCACACUUAUGGAGCUGGGUAUCUCGCCGAUUGUCACUUCGGGGUUGAUUAUGCAGUUGUUGGCUGGGGCCAAGAUCAUUGAAGUUGGCGACACGCCGAAGGAUCGAGCGUUGUUCAAUGGAGCACAGAAAUUAUUCGGUAUGGUGAUCACUGUGGGACAGGCGAUCGUCUACGUGAUGACAGGAAUGUACGGAGACCCAGCGGAAAUUGGUGCUGGUGUGUGUCUCCUGAUCAUCAUCCAGCUGUUCGUCGCUGGUCUGAUCGUCCUCCUCCUCGACGAGCUCUUGCAGAAGGGCUACGGUCUUGGCAGUGGUAUCUCCCUGUUCAUCGCCACGAAUAUCUGUGAGACGAUCGUCUGGAAGGCAUUCUCACCAGCCACUGUCAACACUGGUCGUGGCACAGAGUUCGAAGGAGCUGUGAUAGCACUCUUCCAUCUCUUGGCCACCAGACAGGACAAAGUCAGGGCCCUCAGGGAGGCUUUCUAUCGCCAGAACCUUCCUAAUUUGAUGAAUCUCCUCGCCACUAUCCUCGUCUUUGCUAUAGUCAUAUAUUUCCAGGGAUUCAGAGUGGAUCUCCCUAUCAAGUCCACGAGAUACCGUGGCCAGUACAGCAGCUACCCAAUAAAGCUCUUCUACACCAGCAACAUCCCCAUUAUCCUGCAAUCAGCCCUCGUCUCGAAUCUCUACGUUAUCUCACAGAUGCUGGCUGUUAAAUUCCAUGGGAAUCUUAUUGUCAAUCUGCUGGGAGUGUGGUCUGACGUCGGAGGUGGUGGCCCAGCCAGGUCCUACCCAGUUGGAGGUCUCUGCUACUACCUAUCCCCACCGGAAUCAGUUGGUCACAUUGUGCAGGAUCCAGUUCAUGCGUUUCUCUACAUUCUCUUCAUGCUGGGGUCUUGUGCAUUCUUCUCGAAAACGUGGAUCGAAGUUUCUGGAAGCUCUGCCAAAGAUGUUGCCAAGCAGCUAAAAGAACAACAGAUGGUGAUGAGAGGACACCGAGACAACUCAAUGAUCCACGAAUUGAACCGUUACAUCCCCACAGCAGCUGCAUUCGGUGGUCUCUGCAUCGGCGCCCUAUCAGUACUAGCUGAUUUCCUCGGGGCAAUUGGCUCUGGCACUGGUAUCCUCCUGGCUGUAACGAUCAUCUACCAGUACUUCGAGAUAUUCGUGAAGGAACAGAGUGAAAUGGGCGGUGUGAGCACACUACUAUUCUAAGUUUCAACCAGCCCCCACUAGACAUUUGAAAAGUGAAUGUUCUUUUUUUUCACAACAAAAGAACUGCGUAAAUUGUAAUUUAUUAUGAGAAAAGAGAUCAUCGUGUGAAUGGUUAGCAAUUACGCUCAGCACUGUGUGCAAUCGAUGACUGUUUUCCCUCGAACGAGAAAAGAGAAAAUGUCACCGUCCGAUCAUUUACUUAUGACAGAUGUAAUUUUUCUUUCUCCUCAGUUUUGUCCCCCUACGGUGAGCAUUUUUCGUUUCUCUGUAAUUUAAUUUUCACGUUCUGCGUUGUUGGAGCCCUGAGCAUGCCAAUUUGUUGGCAGAUGAGUGUCUUCCACGAUCACUCAGACAGAAAAUUAUUAUAUAAACUUCAUUGUACAUAGAAUUUAACAGAAAUGCCUGACAUGGCGAAUUUUUUUCUACUUGAAGCUGGAUAUUGAGAUAAUAAACGAAUGCACAGGGAGAAAAGGGAGUUUAAGCAUUAAUUCGAAUCAUGAAAACCAUACUCAUUGAAUAACAGUGAAGAGUGCUCUGUGCAUUCGUGGGAUUGAAGACAGGAGGGUGCCCACUUGGGUCGUCGGUUGAUCCACUGAAUCAGAAACUCAUCUUAGGUACCAUUCCUGUAUUAUUAUAAUUCAUUAUCCUCAUUGAUGAUACAAAUUAAAUUAAUUUUAAUAUCUUAUUUUCUCUCUUUGUAUUCAUUUAUCCACAGACGACAGUUGAUUUUAUAAAAAGUGAAAAGAAAUCCUUGUGUGUCUUGAUUUUCCACUCAACAAAUACCGAAGAAAACGAUAGAAAACUUUUAUUCAUUCUUACAGACAAGAUGUACAACUGAUCCUUAUAUAUUUACAAAAAAUACACUAGACAUUUCACUAU